CCUUUGUCCUUCCCUCCUCUCUAUCUCUCUUUCUCUCUCUCUCGUUCUCUGUCUGUGAGUGUUUAUACACACCUAUCAGUCAGUUUGAUUUAACCCCUCUCUCUCUCACAUGUGAGAUACCAGAGUUCUGCCUGCUUUGUUCUGACAAGAUAAACUGGAAUGCACACAAAUCACAUGAAGGACACAAACAACAACUUUAACAACUCUCUCCUCGGUGCCCAAAAGGAGAAGCUUAUCCAGGCUAUUAAGAAGAUCAAACAUGAAAUUGAUGAAUGUUAUGAGGCUGAGAAAGAGGCUUUUGUGGACGCACUGGAGGUCGAGAACAGAUUUGAAGAGAUAGAGCGUGAAAUCCGAGCAGAGUUCCAAAACCUCCAUCGUUUCCUGGAUGAGGAGGAAGAGACGGAUCUGGAGCGGCUAAGGAAGGAAAGGGACAGACGAGUGAAGAUCUUAAAAGAGAGAGAGAAAAAGAUUGGCAUGCAGAGUAGAGAUCUAGAGAAAGCCAUCGAGACGCUGAACUGCAAACUGCGGGAAGAUGACAGCCCUAAACUUUUGAAGGAAAUCAAAGAGCUUCUGAAAAGAUGUGAGGUGAAUUUCAUUCGUCCUCCCCCAAUAGACAGCGAAAUUGUCUUUGGUCAGUUUGUGGGGCCCAUUCAGUAUCGGAUCUGGAAACACAUGAAAACAUCCCUCUACCCAAACAUAUCCACGUUGACUUUUGACCCUGAAACAGCGCAUCCCUACCUAACCCUCUCUGCUGAGAAAAAUUCAGUGAGUUUCGAGGAAGACAAGGUGCUGCCUAACGAGAACCCAGAUGAAAGGAACCCGAAGCGCUUCCACUUCUAUUACUGCGUGAUGGGUUCAGAGGCCUUCACUCAUGGCCGUCAUUACUGGGAGGUGGAGGUGAAAGGCAAGACCGCCUGGCGAGUGGGUGUGGCCAGAGCAGACAUCCCCCGGGGAGAGAUGAACUCUUCUUCAACGUUAAACGGACUGUGGACACUGUCUCUCAGAAAUGGCUCGAUCACAGCCUGCACCCACCCAAAGCCCACAAAGGUGCUCUCAUACACCCUCCCCAUCCGCAUUGGCAUCUUCCUGGACUGUGAUAAAGAGGAGGUUUCUUUCUACAAUGCUGUCACUAUGAUGCCACUCUUCUCAUUCUACAUAGGGACUGUUCUAGAGCCGCUCUAUCCAUUCUACAACCCAUGUGACACAGAUGAAGGAAAGAACUGCGCUCCGCUUUCCAUAUUUCAUCCAUCACUCUGAGGGAUUGAUAUCGAGGUUUGGUUUUAGCACUUCCACUGCUGACACAGUUUAAAACGCUAAAUUCUGAUCACCUCGAAGCAUGGAUGCCUGUAAAGCUAGAGAGCUGUUUUGUUGUGUAGUUGUGUUUGGCUGAUCUACUUAAGUAACACUAAACAGUCGCUAUAUUACAAAUCGCCCCCUAUAUGAUCAUUCACUAUUCACUGAAAAACUGAAGAAAUGUAAGAAUAUUAAAGGGAUAGUUCACCCAAAAAUUUCCAAUUUGUCAUAAUUUACUUACUCUCAUGUCAAUGGGGACCUGUUUGGUUCUUCAAAAUUAUUUUGUAUAAAAUAAUAUGAAAAUAUGAACAUAUGAAAAAAAACUUACAGAGGUUUGGAACGACAUGAUGGUGAGUAAAUGAUGACAACAUUUAACAUUUUUGGGUGAACUAUUCCUUUAAGUGGGCAAAUUUGAAAUCUGGAUGAGCUCGAAGUGCCAUUUUCUGCAAGGAUAUUCUCUAGCGGCUAGAUAUUGAGUAUACAUUGGUUGUCCAUUUGUUAUUUAGGUGCAUUAUGAGAUUAAAUGAGUACACUCUAUACACUUUUAGACAUAAUUUAAAAUAAUGCACCAUAUAAAGGUUGGGGUGACUUCAUACACAACCAGUGAGAUUUGCUCUAUUCAGUUUAUGUCAUCCAUUCUGUUCAGGAUCUGAAAAGACUUAAAAAAGCAACGUUGAGAUUAGAUUUUUGCAGUGUAUUUCUUUAUAGAAGAAAUAUUACUUACACAUAAGGAAUAUUACUCUCAGAAAUGAAAAUUCUGUCAUUAUUCAUUUGUUUCAAAACUGUAUGCCUUUACGGGUUUGAUGUCACUCUUGAAAACCAGUGAGCUUUGAUUUUAUUGAUGUCUAGCAUGCACCAUAUCUGUUUUGAGAGCUGCAGAGGAGGUGAAGAUAGUGCAUGACUCACACGGACAACAUUUAUAGUGCUUUUCUGUCCUUUUUGAAACUUGACAGGCUGUGGUCACAAUGAACUAUCGAUGUGUACAAAUAAAAUAAAUAGAAACAAAAAAACAAUAAAAGUGUAUUGAAAAGAAGAUGAGUUUGGAAUACUGGAUCUCAUCUAAUCUCAAAAGCUAAGCAGGGUUUGGCUCGGUUAGUAGAUACCAGGUGCUUUAUCUUCGGGUGGCAUGUUGGCUCAGUGUUAACUUUCACAGCAAGAAGGUGCCUGGUUUGAGUCCCAGCUAAGUCAGAAGGCCUUACUGUGUGGAGUUUGAAUGUUCUGCCUGUGUGGCUUAUUUCCGUGUGCUCUGUAAUGGACGACCAUCUGUUCAGGGUGUUUCCCUUCCUUUAACCCAAAAUGCUGGGUGGGCUCUAGCAUCUCCGUGACCCUACACAGGACAGACUGUUUGGAAAAUGGAAGGAUGGAGCCUGGAAUGACAUUAGGGUGAAAAAAUAAUAAUAGAAUUUUAAUUUGGGCGUGAACUAUUUAUUUUUAUUUUGAUAUAUUUGUAUGCAAAUAAAUAAAACACAUGUAAUUCAUCAUGCAAACUGUUUGAAAGUCACAUUUGUGCAUGUUUUGUAUCAUAAGAAGUGUACUUGCACAAUAAAAUAGAAAGCCAUGAAAAAAUAAAAAUGAAUUACAAUU